AAAUGAAAGCGAAUUAAUGGUGGUUAAUAAAUGGAAGACUUUCAUCUGUUUAUAAAAGUGUCUGAAUGACGGCUACUUUCCGACUGUUUAUACUAUAUGAGUUGAUUUCUUUGUGAGGUACCUGAAAGAAAAGACUGGAUAUGUUGUUGCGCUACCAAAGAGUUCAUAAGGAAAUGACUUGAAAGCACCAGCAACCUGUUUCCAUGUGAUCUUUGUGUAUUUUCCAUACAAUGACCCUUCUGCCAGAAAUUACUUUUUAAAUCUACUUCUGAAGUGCAGUUACCAUCUUGAGUUAUGGAUAUACUCUCCGCUGAGUACAAUAACUAAAUUUGACAGGCUUCAUGAAAUAUUGGGGAUAAAGAUACAUUUGAGUAGGAAACAGUAGAUCAUUGGGUUAAAGCGUUGAAGGUCUAGAAAAAGUUUGAAACAAAUGAAAAUAUGUCAGUUCUACUCUAUUAUGUUCCUAGUCACAUCACCUAGCGCUUUUAUCACCUAGGAACCUGUUACAAAAUCUUCAUUGCUUUUUGUCUCACUGGAAUAUCGCUCACUUAAAAAUAUUUUUGAAGCCUGUUGUUAAUUUUAGUUUCUAUCGUAUGUAAUAUUAGUCUAAAUAUAGAAGUGUUAUUGACCAUACACCUGGUCGUCGUUCCACAAAAUGAGCGGGAGAUAUCGAUCACUGCCUAAGCCAAGGAUACUUUCUUUUGAUCAGUUAUUCCUAUCUUCUAAUAGGUCAAGUUACACAUCGAAUUUUACGUAACCAGUAGUAGUGAUGUUUGGAGCGAAUAAGCCUACAUUUGGUGCAAGCUCUAGUUCUGCUUUUGGUCAAAGUACUACGCCUUUCGGCGCUACAUCCAAUCCCCAAACACAAACGGGUACAAACUUAUUUGGCCAGCAAUCGACUAGUCUAGGUGGAACAAAUACACUGUUUUCUGGAAAUCAAUUGAAUACACUUUCAUGGGGAUCUACAAAUAUGAAUGCAAAUGGUACAUCGAUUGCAUUUAAUCCACCAAUUACAACUGAAAUAUUACAACGCGGUGGUCAACCUUCACAAGUGAAUGCUAAGCAUAUGUGCAUUACUGCUAUGAAGGAGUAUCAAGAUAAAAGUCUUGAGGAACUUCGUUUAGAAGAUUAUGCUCUAAACCGACGUGGUCCGUCAUCAACCGUUGGUAAUACUUCAAUCUUUGCUACGUCAUCCGCUGCAAAACCUUUUCAGUUUGGCUCGUCUCAAAUAGGUGGGACAACAUCAAUUUUUGGUCAGGCUAAUAAACCUACAACUUCUCUGUUUGGCGCUUCAACUAGUGGCGUCACUAGCAGUAAUACAAUGCUUUUUGGCAAUACAGCCACUCAGUCAACUUUUGGACAAGCUUCUCAAGGAAGUCUUUUAGGUUUGAAGCCUCAAUUCGGUUCAGCGACUACGGCAAGUAUAUUCGGGACAACACCAGCAACUCAAUCGACUGGAUUUGCAUUUGGUCAGACAAAUCAAACUACUUCUGUUUUCGGUGCGAAACCGCUGUUUGGUGCCACUUCAACUGCUGCUACGGGUACUUCUCUUUUUGGAACUGCUCAAACAACUCCACAACUUGGAAACACUGGUUUUACAUUUGGACAACCUCAACAACAGGCUACUGGUUUAGGUGGUUCUACCAGCCUCUUUGGUCAGCCGACUCAGGCAUCCACGCCUGCGAAACCCACUCUUUUUGGUACUCAACCAACAACCGGUACAGGUCUAAUGUUUGGAUCAACGUCUACCGGAAUUUUCGGUGGAGCUAAACCGGCUGGGUCUACGUCAGUAUUUGGUUCACCUGCCACUGGAUUGACAGGUUUGCAGGGGACUCAGCAACAAACUGGUUUUUCAUUUGGCUCUUCAUUGGGUACAGCAGGUGGAUUAAAGCCUGCAGGGACAAGUUUGUUUGGAACAAGUGCGACUACUACUACAACCUCUGCCUUGAAACCUGGCGGUUUGUUUGGAUCUGCUGCACCAACUGGUUUUACCUUCGGAAGCAGUAUAACCAAUACAUCUCAGCCUACUGCAUUUGGUGGUCUUGGUACAACAUCUGCGACUGGAAGUCUUUUUGGCCAGCCGGCUGCUAAUACUAUGACACCUAAAAAACCUUUCAGCUUUGGUACAUCUUUAACAACCACUUCUAGUGGUGGUAUUGGAACACUUGGUUUCGGUCAAACUAAUACAGGAACAGGUUUAUUUGGUGCACCGAGCGCUUCUACGGGUUUCAAUUUGGGAACUGGUACUGGAGCUACUUCAGGAUCGUUGUUUGGUCAAACUAGCACAGGAUUCGGUCUUGGUCAAAAACCUUUACCGAAUGUUGGUGGUGUCGGCGCAUUCGGUACUGGUUUUGGAGGCAGUACAGCACCAACUAUUGGUGGAUUUGGUGGUGGUGGUCUUUUAGGUGGUGCUACACAAGGCUUAGGUGGUUCUACGCUUAAUCCACUUGGUUCAUCAUUAACCGGAUUCGGUGCUUCCAAUACAGCAAAUACUAGCCUUAAUAUAGGCACUAGUGAUCAAGUUGCUCAGGCCAUACGAGCUCAACAACAAGUUCUGGAGGUAGUUCGUAGUAUGCCGUAUGGACAGUCGUCAUUAUUUCGUUAUUUAAAUCUACCAACUAAUCCUACAUCAAAAACGGAUUCAAAAUCCCAAGCUUCAGGAGGUAUAUUGGUGAAUACUUCAAAUAGUGGCAGUGGUAGUAGUGUUAUAGUACCAGCUAAAUCUGUUGCCAAUGUAUUAGCUGAACGUCAUCGAGCAGCUGGCCUACUAAUUGGUUCUAGUCCGGUUAAUUCUAGUUUCGGUGGUAAUCGUGCUUCAAGUUUUCGUCGUCCUGCUAAUUCUAAUACUCAACGUCUUCUUCAAAAGGGAAAUCGUAAUAAGUUAUUUUCUGGUUUUUAUGAAGAAGACGCUUUAACUUCCACAGCAAAUCGUAAUUCACCUUUACCAUCUAGCCUUCGACGUACUGCUUCCUUGGGACCAGUAGCUGUUUCAAGCCCUGUAAAUAAUACUGCUGCCGCUAAUAAUCAUAAUAAUAAUAUUAAUGGUAUGAGUAAUUUCUUUAUUAAACGAGAUGAAUGGAAACACCUGCAUCUACCUGAAAGUAUGAGAAAUUCAAUGCUGGAACGAUCAAAUGCUAUAACUGAUGAAUUCAAUCAUCUGGCUGAAAAAACACUUGAUAAUAUUAAUUCAUCAUCGGAUUUUGCAACAGUAGAAAGUAACAAUAAGCAGAAUAACAAUCUACUCUCUGAAUAUGCUUCUGGUGAUACUCCUAUAUUGAAAGAAAGGAAUGGAUCUAAUUUAUCACCAAUGCAUCAAUAUUCUGCUGUUCGCAAUGUUGAUAAGAGAAAUCCUCAAAGUCCUUCGGUAAAUGAAGCCACUAGAAAAUUGUUAAAUACUUCCAGUCGGAUUGAAUCACCAGCUACUGCUGGUCAACUUUCUCGAAGGAAUAGAAUCGAUGCAUCAAGAGUACACGAUGUUUUACAAGGCAGUAUGGAUGAGAGAAAUGCCGAUUCUUUGCUCUCAUCAUCAAGUCCGUGUAAUGUUACAUUUGGUGAUGUAUCAGUGUUUAAAUCACCUAAUUCAGAUCAACAGAAUGAUACCUUGGAUAAGGAUCAGUUGAAUACUUUGAAAUCUACUACUACUACUGCAUCACCUAAUGCUGCUGGUGUUAUUUUAACAAAACCUGGCUAUUAUACUUUACCAACACUAGACGAGUUAGCUGAAAUGGUUGAAGAUAGAAAGUGUUUAGUUGAGGAUUUCGUAAUUGGACGUCGUUUGUAUGGACAUAUAUUAUUCCCGGGGAUUACCGAUGUAUAUGGACUUAAUUUGGAUAACAUUGUUCAUAUACGUCGACGUGAAGUUGUUGUUUAUCCAGAUGAUGAGAAAAAACCACCUGAGGGUACAAGUCUAAAUAAACGAGCUGAAAUUUGCUUAGAAUCCAUCUGGCCAACAGAUAAAUCUACACGAGAACCAAUCAAAUCACCAGAACGACUAGCUGUAAUGCGUUUUGAAGAACGCUUAGAACGUGCGACAAGAAGAAUGGAUGCUAGAUUUAUUGAAUAUCGUCCACAGUCUGGUUCUUGGGUUUUUGAAGUGAAACAUUUCUCCAAAUAUCGAUUAGAUGAUUCAGAUGAUGAAGGUGAAGGUGGUAAUGUUGGUGGAGAUGAUAACUGUGCGGUGAGGGUUACAUCAGAUCCACAAGAAAAGUUGUCUACAGUUGUUUCAAAAACUUAUGAUUCAAAGGCCAAAUGUUUAUUUGACAAUGAUCAACUGGACAAUGAUGAAGAAUUGUAUACUAUUUAUGAUAAUAAACAGCAGACGACAGCAUUCAAUUCGCAUAAGGAAGUCAAUCAAGACUUUCAACUAAAGCCAUAUAUGCGUAUGAAGUUUAUUGAUGAUGAGAGUGAUAUUUAUGAUCAAUUUAAUGAAAAAGUCAACACCUAUAGUCCACAAAGUCGCUUCUAUACUCAACCUGCAUAUCCAACUUAUGAUGGUAUUCAAUCAUACAAGGAAGAUAAAUCUGAUCAGCGAAAUGAUCAACUACCGAAAAAUCUUGAAGUAUCAAUGAUAGAAGCGAGAAAUUAUCUAGAUUCAAUGGAUUUUGCUAGUUUGUUGAUGAAAUUUUAUCCCUAUGAGAAGAUAACAAAUCUGUGUGGUGAUAUGUUAUCAUUGAAAGCUGCUAGUCAAUAUGAUAAUACAAAUUUACUGAAUCAUCCAUCACAUUGGAUUGUUGAUGCUGGUCUUUGGCAUGGUCAUGGUAUGCGACCGUCUUUCGGUUGUUCACGAUUUCCAGAAUUCCAUUCCUUAGUGUUAAUUUGUCCAUCGUUAGAAGAAUAUGAGAAUGAGCAGGAUGAGGUUGAACGAUUAUCAAAAUAUAAUUCGCUUACUUUGUAUACACUAAAUUCACCUAUUGAAAUGUUUGAUGAGGAUAUGCUGAAUUCAGCUUUAACUACCUCAAUGCGAAUUGUACAUACCAGUACGAGUAGUAAUUCAUCACUGGAACCACCACGUGAUCAGUGUCCUUUAUGGCGUCCAACUAUUGGCCUGUCAGCUUUAGAGUCGUAUACACGUGUGCUCAAUUGUGAUCCACUGACAAAUCUUAGUACAAAUUUUCACGAGUCUGUUGUAGAAAAUAAUAAUAAUAGUGAUGAUGAUGAUGGUGAAGAGCGCAGUGCUCGAUUGAAUGGUUUUAAACGAAUUUUCAGUCUAUGUCAGGCGUUAUGGGGACGUCAUCCACAAGAGACGGUGGCUGAGGCAAUAGCUGAGACGGAUAGUUCUUCUGAUAAUCUAUUCAAUUCUAAGCUAAUUACUUCUGAUUUUCCUAUGCUAUCUGAAAAUAAUCCAACAUGGAAUAAUGAUGAAUAUAUUAGUAAUGAAGUUUAUCGUAAAUAUAAUAUGAUAAAUUAUCCUGUUAAUAAAUAUAGAGAACUCUCUGGUAUGCGAUCGUUAGCUAGGAAACAGGCUAUUUCUGAAUGGAUAAGAACUCAAUCAUUACCAUGGUUAACAUCUCAGUUGAACAGCUUAUGUCUAACAGAUGCUGCUGGUUUAAAUGAAACUGUAACUGAUUCACUUGAACCAUUUUCGUUGUCCAAGUUGAAUUCAUCAAUUAAGGAUAGUAAUAUCUUAGCUCAAGGAGUAUUUGCUUGCUUGGUGUCAGGUGAAUCUGGUGCAGCAUGUCGUUUGGCGAUUGUAUCAAGUAUGCCAGCAUUAGCUUCACUUAUAACUCAGUCAACUGCUGGUGAUCCAGUUGUCCGACGUGGGCUACAACAUCAAUUGAGUAAAUGGCAUGAAAUGAAGUUUGAUCGGCAAAUUCCUAUAAAUAUGCUUCGGGUGUAUUGCUUACUCGCUGGAUUAACUGAAUUUCCUCAUCCUACGGAUUCAAAAAACAUUUGUGUACUUGCUGGACUGGAUUGGAUUCAAGCAUUUGGUGCGCAUAUAUGGUAUGUAUGCGAUUAUAGGCUGAAUGUGGCGGAAGUUCUAGAGGCUUAUAGUGAAACUUGGCAUUAUGAUGAACGACCCAAUUCUAAAAAUGGAGUUCCACGACCAUCUCCACCGACAGUUGAUAGACUUCUUGAUCCUAAACGGUCUGUUUCUUCAGUUACAGAUUAUCCGAUAAAUGAUGAAAUUAAAGGUCCAAAUGCUGAAAUUGAAUUUCGAGAUUGGCCUCGUGAUACAGCUUAUCAUCUUUUAGAAUUGUGUCGGAAACCAUUUCAUUCUUUAGAAAGAACAUUAGAUCCUUGUUCAUUCAGUCGACAUUCUUCUUCUACAACGUGUACAUUUGAUCGUAUGAAUUUAUUAGAUUGGUCAUUGUCUUGGCAUUUAUGGCGUUUUUUAGUCUCUUACGGAUAUCAUCAUUUUUAUGAUGAUUUCUCUGAAGAUUUUAUUGGAAUAUCUACGCGUAUUUGUAAUGAAUUUGCUAGCCAGUUAGAAGCUGCAGGUCUAUGGGAAUGGUCAAUAUUUGUACUAUUACAUAUUGAUAAUGCAAAAAUUCGAGAAAUUUCAGUGAAAUCUCUUAUUGGUCGACAUGUAUCCUUAGUGUUGCCUUCAAGUCUCGGGCAUGUUGCCCAAAAGAAUUGUCCUUCUAAUUUAUCAAAUAUAGAUUUUAUGUCGAAUCAGAUCAAUCUUGUACCUGCACCAUCGUUCACUAAAGCUGAAUUAUUUGUAGUCAAUCGUCUUGGUGUUCCAGCUCGAUGGAUUCAUGAAGCUAAAGCUGUAUUAGCAAGGCAUCGUUUAAAGGCUUAUUUACACGCGGCAGAUGUAAACACUGUCACAGAACAUUCUACGUUAACGUCUACAGAAGAUCAUCGUAGUCAAUUUUGUUUAUUUGCCAUACUUGAAGCAAGUCAUUGGUUCGCUGCUGGAUGUAUUCAAUCUGUAGAUGAAGUUUUAUCAAAGUAUAUAUUACCACAGUUGAUUGUCAAUACAAAUAUAUCACCGUAUUCAGCUUUCUUGUCAAGAUUUGAAUCAGUGUAUUCUGCAUUAGGUCGUCGAAUUGUUCAGUUGCUUGAACCAUAUAAUUCUUUAACACAAAAUUGUCUACCUACAGAUUUUCAUUUAGGUGUUGGUGUUUAUCGAUCAUUUGGAGAACUACUCUGUCUUGUAGAUAAACUUACACAUUUCUGUAAACUUUCAUCAAUAGACAGUGUAUAUAGCCCUUGUAGAAAGCGGAUAAAAGAAGAUACUACUGACUUGAAUCAUCUCGAUCAAUUGGCAUCAAUUCUAUCAAAAUUGAAAUCUAAAGUUGCCAGUGUAACAGAAGAGAUCAAUGUUAUGAAGGUUACAACAUUUCUUGAAAAGGUUGUACGCACUGAAAUGGCUGCCGUGUGUAUACAUUUAACAUCAGCCUUCCUGGCAGCAAGUUGUUUAGAAGAUACAACAACAACGGGUGAAAAUGAAGACGCAGAAGACAAUCUACAGACAGAUGAGCAACAACAACAACAACAAAUCAGUAACCGAGAACAAAUCACAGUAGCUUAUUUAGAAAAUCAACUGAUCUCUAUGACUAAAUUAGGUCUGCCUGCAGACUAUCGAUUAAAAGAAUUACGUGCAGUUGCAGAAGUGAAAUUAUCCUUGAGUAUGGUGUAAUUAAAUUAAUAGUAUGCAUGUAUAUGUACGGUGUAAAAAUAAUCCCCUUUUGAAAACACAUCUUGACACCUCACUCUCUCCUAAACAACAAUUUCUUUCUUUUAGCUAUCCAUGUAUGUGUAUAUUCUUUCUCUCCUUCACUGUUUUUUUAUAAUGAUGCAAAAAUAAUUAAUUUCAAGAAAAGAGAUUAAAACUUUUAUUGAAAAAGAAAGAAAGUAUAUAUAUUCUAGAAAUUGUGCUCGUUGCUGAUUCGAUGCGGUUAUCAUCAUUAAAGUUACUACUUCAAAUGCAGAGAGAGAGAGAGAGUAUUGAAUUAUG